AUGGAGCUAAAUGCUGAUUAUCAAAAUAUCGAUGAGUUUAAUCCCGAGCCACUGACAGAACACAAAAGAAGCCCUGUAGGGUUGAAACCAGAUCGUGGUGUCCGAGCAGCGGAGUCUGCUGGACGAAAACAGUCGCACAGCGUUACCUAUGCCCUUUUGAGUCUCUCCCUUCUGUUGGCGGUUCUGACUCUCGGCAUUACGGUUACAUUGAUUGCACUGAUGUCAAGUGAAUUCAAGAAGUCAGACGUUGACUUCCGGAUGGAAUUUUCCCAGUGGAAGAAUAACGUUACAGGAAACUUUGAGAAAAUAAGAAGUGCCCUCGCCAACCUUUCGGGUGAGAUUUCAGUGCUGAGUGAUCUAACUUCAUGUCCAAAACAAUGGACUCGGUUCAAGCGAAACUGCUAUACGUUUUCCUCAAGUGAAAAAACCUGGUUUGAGGCCCAGAGCUCUUGUGAGUCAAUGAAUGCCAAUCUGGUUGUCAUUAACAGUGCUGAGGAACAGGAGUUUCUAACAAAAAAGCUUAAAAAUUAUUAUUAUUGGAUUGGCCUCAAUGACUUGACCUAUGAAGGUGACUGGCGCUGGCUGGACGGAACGAAUUAUUCUUCCUCUUUAACAUUUUGGCAAAAGGGGGAACCUAAUGAUAAAAAUAAUGAAGACUGUGCGGAGAUGCUUAGUCAUGGAUUAUGGAAUGACCAAGGGUGUAACGUUCCUCAACAUUGGAUUUGUGAGAAACCAGUACAUUGAUAUCCUGCUUAACGCCUGUGAAAAGCGCAAUGUGAAUCAGUUUGUCAAUGAUGUGUCCGUCAUAAAAGUGUUAUAGCAUAGAAUCAAUGCUGACACUUCA